GGCCACCGUCGCAGGAGGCACAGCAGGCGUCGUCGUAACAGCAGCAGCAUCGGUGUGAACACCAGGAGGAGGAGGGUCCCCGGAGGCCCGGCGCCGGCCACAUGAACCACCCGCCUGGACGCCCGCCGCCCCGCCUCGGAGAAAAGGUCAAGCACAUCAUCGCCGCCAGGAUGCUCUGCUGUGGACGCAAAAAGGAGAACCACGAGGGUGACCUGGUGGUGUGCGUCGAAGGCGGCAGCGAGACGUGGGGUCCCCGGGUGGGGGCGGUCAGACCCCGGCUGGCGCCGGGAGCCCCAGCUCCCGAGAUGGUUUUGCAGGGGGACUUCCGAAAAGUGAGCGGCAUCUCCAGCGAGGUGUUCCGCCAGAUCGAGGCCGUGGAGAGGGAGUACGACGCCACCACGGCGGCCCACCUGGAGGCCGUGCAGAAGCGCGGCGAGAUGGUGGUGCGCGUGCUCGACCCGCGCUGCCUGGGCCGCGCUGGGGCGCAGGCGGCGCGGCGCUACGCGCAGGGCGGCACUGCCUUCGUCGAGAUCGUCAAGCGGCCCGGACAGACGCUCGGACUCUACAUCCGGGAGGGAGAUGGUGUGCGUACGCAGGAAGGGGUAUUCAUCUCUCGCAUCGCACUGGAGAGUGCGGUGUACCACUCGGGCCUGCUACGUGUGGGCGACGAGAUACUGGCCGUGAACCUGGUGGACGUGCGCAACAUGAGCCUGGACGACGUGGUGAUCAUCAUGUCCAUACCUCGUCGACUGGUGCUCGCCGUGCGCUCCAAGGGCGCCGGCGGUCCCGGAGGGCGCUCGGGGGCGCUGCCACCCGUACCGCCCAUGGCAGCCGAGAGGCAGCGGCCGCCCGUGGUCAUCGUCAAGAGGGGCGUCCAGGAAGCCGAGGACGACCUUCAGAGCGAGAAUGGCAUGGGCGGCGGCCUGAUGGAGAACCCGUACUACAGCAGCACGGUGCCGGUGCGGAGGCAACCGCAGCCCCCGCACCGCUACCCAAAGACACUCGAGAGCCUGGCGGAACAGGUGCACGCCUUCCGGGACAGCCCGCACAUGGAGCGCUCAUCGGUGGCCAGGAACAGGUACUGGGACGAACACGACCGAGGCAUGUCGACGCGGCGGCUUCUGCGCACCGAGAGCGAGCAGCGGCUCAUGCAGCCCGAGAUGAUGCAAGGCCCGCACGGGGGACGAUAUUACUCGCUCAGGCCCUCGGCUACGGGCGGUGGCAUGGUUUCCCUGCACCACGCUGCGCAACACCAUCACCAACAGCAGCAGCAGAUGGCCCCUGGGGGCAUCCUGCGGCGCAGGUCGCUCAUGGAGAGCUGCUCGGACACCGAGGUACAUAUAUCUUCUAAGGAAGCUCGUCAACACCCUCGCACGCUGACAGGGCGCUCCAACUCGCUGCCUCGCGGCGUGGCACUCGGGGUGCUGGACCCGCGUCGGGCGCUGCGUCACGGUGUGCGAUUCGAGCGCGCCACCUACGACUCACAAGAGGACAGCGACGGAGCACUGUCAGCGCCGGAACUGCCUUCGGGAAGGCCUCGCAGGCCCAAGGCAAGUGGGAGGCAAGGUAAGUUGCCCGGCGUCUUCUCGUCGUCCGAGUACCGGGCCUGGAUGCGCCGUGCGCCGUCCACCUCGGCACUGUACGAGCGCGUGGGGCGCCUCUCCUCCACGGCAUCUUCGACGGGCCUCAGCGCCAGGGCCAUGGUGCACCCGCAGCUGUCCUCUUCUUCGUCGGCCACGUCAUCCCUGAGGCGGCCCCUGCCGCGGGUCGCCCACAGCGCCGAGAGUCUACUGGACUCUCUCAGACAGGAGCAGCAACAACUGCAGCUCCAGCAGCGGCGGAGCAGCCUCCUGUCGGGUCUGCCCACCUGGGGCUCCAGCAGCCUGGAUCUGGGCUCGAGCGGCAGCAGCCUGCGGCCCAUGGGACGCUCUUCGUCACUGCUUUUCCCGCGGCCGCUCCGGCUGCCACACGCCAUGAGCCUCGACUACGUGCGCGCCGAGGACCGAGCCCUGUGUCUCAACCCCAGAGAGUUCCUCAAGUACAGGCCCGAGAAGGAGAGCGAGUCGGUGCUGGCGGGGGCCUUCAGCGGGCUGCUGUGGCUCCACCUUCUCGGCGCCCGCGGACUCCGAGGACAUGGGCCGCGAGACCUCUACUGCGUCAUUGAGACGGACCGGGCGCACAAGGCCCGCACCGUCGUCCGCUCGGGAGACCACUCGUUCGACUGGGACGAGGUCUUCGAGCUGGACCUCGUGGACAACACGACGGUGUCGUUCCUGCUCUACAGCUGGGACCCUCAGUCCCGCCACAAGCUAUGCUACAAGGGAACCGUGCACCUGCUGUCGGCGCUGCGCGAAGCGCCCGCGCACAGCCUCGCCCUGCGGCUGGAACCGCGGGGGGCCCUUUACCUGAAGAUGCGCUAUCGAGACCCGCGACACACCUUCCAGCGGACGCCCAACUACAGCGGCGGAGGCGUGUUCGGCGCGCCUCUGGACGCCCUGGUUGCCAGGGAGAAGGGCACCGUGCCGCUCAUUGUGCAGCGAUGCGUGCAACAGGUGGAGAACCGUGGCCUGGACAUCGUGGGCAUCUACCGCCUCUGCGGGUCCGCCGUUCGCAAGCGAAUGCUACGCGAAGCAAUCGAGCGAAGCUGCGCGGCCAGCGGACCCCACUGGAAAGUGGAUCUCUCAGCUGAGCACGUGCCCGACAUCAACGUAGUCACAAGUCUCCUGAAGGACUACCUUCGCGAGCUUCCCGAGCCGUUGUUCACCAAGGGGCUGUUCGACAUGCUCGUAGACGGGCUGAGCGUUUGCCUGCCCGAUGACCCCGAUGGCAACGCCAAGCUCAUGUUCAGCAUACUCGACUGCCUGCCCAAGGUCAACAGGUGCACAGCCCUGUUUCUGCUGGACCACCUGAAGCUGGUGAGCAGUCGCAGCGACCGCAACAAGAUGACGUCACGCGCCCUGGCCGAGUGCUUCGGCCCGGUGUGCGUGUGCCACGCCGAGACGGGGUUCCCCGUCUCCGACCUGCGUCGCCCCAUCGAGGUCUUCGCCUACCUGCUCGACAUCUGGCCGCUCAACAGGGCCGCGUUCGUCGCCGCCAGCGGGAGCGACCUUCGCCCCUCCCUCGGCGCAAGCAUCGCCGCGGGCAGCGGCCUGGGCGGAGGCUCGUCGCUUGGAGGCAGCACCUACUUGACCAGCUCGGUGUCGUCGUCCCCGCACAAGGGCGGCUCGCUGAGCGGCGGUGCCCCCAGCGGCCUCUACUCCACGGCCGGCAUUUACACCAGCGGCGUGCACACGGCGGGUGGCACCAGCAGCUACACCAGCCGCACGAGCGAACUCGCGGGCGGCGGUGGCUUCACGAGCUCGACAUUGGGCUCGAGCAACACGUACUCGAGUUCCGGCGGGAUCGGCAUCUCGGUGCCCAUUACCACCGUGCCGGGCCUGUCGUCACUGGGCGCGUCCGACAAGCUGACCACCACCGUGACCGCGCCGUCUUCCUCGUCCCCGCCUCGAGACGUGACGGUUAUCACCACCACCGCAUCGUCUACCCUGACCAGAGAACGGCCCGAACCUCGCGAGCGAUCCGAACACCGUGACCGGUCCGAGUACCGGGAACGAAGCGAGCACAGGGAGCAUAACGACCUCAGAGAACGAGCCGAGCACAGAGAAAGGCCCGAACCACGGGAGCGCUCCAUCUUGGGUGACGUCAGCGGCACGCUCGAGAGGGAGAGAGUGAGCGGGCACCAUCUCCUCAACUCGACGAGGGACCGGGUUUGUGACGCCACGGGAGGUGCCAACCCGUCGGUGGGAAGAGCCGCGGCUUUCGGAGGAACCAAUGGCAUCGGGACUUCCUCCGGUAUCGGUGUGAACGGCGCCGGCGGAAACGCCGGUGUGAACGGAACCAACGGAGGCGUCGGUCCGUCUAUCUCCUCCAUGGUCACGCAGGGCUCGGAGUCGAGGCCCGGAGAGGCGGCGGCGGCGCCCGACACCAAGCCGUGGCCUAGCCAGAGAUCAUCACUGCCAGAAUCAGCCUGUUGA